AUGGACGUCGAAGAUGACGAUGCUUUUCUCUACGGAGAUCAAUCUCCUCCUCCCGAACCCAUCAAAGAAGCGGUCGUCCCUCCUGUCCAGGCGCAGUCGUCAGAAUCUGCUCAAGCUGUCAAGGCCAAUGUGAGCGCAGCUAUGGCAGCAUCAUUAGCAGCAUACGGCAUAGAUCCUUCGACCGCAGUAGCUGCUCCCGUCGAAAACAACGAAGACGGCGGUGUGGAGGAAGAAGAUCUCGCGGAAGACUCCGACUCUGACGAAGAUGACAUCAAAUUGGAUUUCACAGGACAAGCAUCCCGUCUAAACCUCAGACAACCUCAAACUCAGACUGCCAAUGUCGUCGGUAUAGGCAAAUGGGCACAUACUUCGACGGGGCAACAAUCUACCCAGCUAAAUCAGAAUAAACCGAAACCCGUGGCCAUCCUGCCCAAUCAAAUCACCGAAUACACCCCUUCCGCCAGGCCUGGUACGACCCCGACCCCAAGCUCCAACAGUCUAAAUCCACCCAUCCCUCCCUCAGGAGACAUCGGUACCGCCCUCACCCUCCAACCGUCAGCCACCAAUGGUGCGCUGGUCAGCACCGGAACUCUGCCCGCUUCAGGAUUACCACCCGUCACUGCACCCCCGUCUCAUCCCAAAGUAGAUCCUACAAACCCGUCAGGGAUCAUACCGUCCACGGGUCAGUCAGUGUACGACAUCGAUCUUGCGCAGUUCGAAGGUUCCGGGCAACCGUGGCGAAACCCGGGAAGCGAUGUUUCCGCUUGGUUCAACUAUGGAUUUGACGAGGUGACAUUUCCCAAGUUCUUGAGAUAUAGAGCGGAGAUGGAAGCUGGGCCGUCAAGCUCUGAUUUUGAGGAUAUUUCAAUUGGCAAAUCACGCCAAUGCGUCGAGCUUGCCCUGAUGAGGUUUUUAAAGACCCAACCCCGUAUAGAGAUAGGACUGACACGCCAGUCUGGUUUGAACCCGAUGAAUGGCAUGCCUCCUGAAAUGGCACAGCUUCUGCACAUUGGUAUGGGUCGACCUGACAACUCCAACUUGAUGGGGAUGUUGCCCAACGGAAUGGGCCAUAUGAACGGUCUGAAUAUGGGUCUACCAGGGAUGAACAUGGGGGUAAACCCACAACAAUUGCAGAUGAUGCAGCAGAUGAUGGCUGUGCAGGGAGGGAUGGGCAUGGAAGGAAUGAUGGGACAACAAGCUCUGCAGCAACCUGGGCAGCAGGGUGUGGGGAUGGUGCCGACGCCCAAUCCUGGGAACCGCCCGAGACCAUCCAUCACCCCUGCUGUACAGCCUGAGUCCUCAGAGGAUGUUCAGGUCAAACAGGAGGAAGGAGAGGCUUCUGAUAAUGGACAGGAUGGGGGUUCAGCGCAAGGUGGCCCUACGGGACAGAGAGGAAGGGGACUGCCGAGAGGGGCUGCACCUACUCGAGGACUUCGUGGGAGAGGAGCGAUCCCCGUCGGUCCCCGGUCUGGUAUGCCAGUGCCUACCGGUCCUAAAGCUGGUCGCUUCAAAGAUAAAGACCGAGCUACGACAGAAACGAAUCCCCUCGAUUAUGGCGAUUCAGUUUCUGCAUCUGUUCGUUCUCCUUCUCCUGGAAAAUCUCGGUCUCCUAGUCCGAAACGAAAGAGAGCGAGGGAAUACGACAGCUACUCCGAGGAUAGCAGGGACAGGAGUGAAGAUGAGAGGUAUUAUGAACGUGAGAGAGAACGUAGCAAGUCGAAGGAUCGGAGACGGACUAGGGGAAAGGAAACUGAGAGGGAUCGAGGUAAGGACGUCGAGAGAGAUAGGAGGGAUGGGGGUAGGGAGAGGGAUAGAGGCAAAGAUGUUGAACGAGACAGGGUCAAGGAUGUUGAGAAGGACAGGGUCAAGGAUAGAGAGAGGGAUGAGCCAAGGAGGAAAGAAAGGAAGAGAGACGAUGGAACUAAUUCUGGUGGGUUGGGUCCUGGGGGAUGGGAAAGUGGAUCAGAGGAGGAAAGGAGGUUAAGCAGACGUCGAAGGAGCGCUUCGGAAGAAGAUCGUCAUCGUACACGAACGAGCAAAAGGCGAUAA